AUUGAUCACCAAAAUACACCGGUAAUGUAGUUGAAUUCUCCGCCCUCUUUCUCUUUCGAUGCAUUCGAGAAAUCCAUUUCCAUAAAAAACACACAAACCUACGCUUUUCUUUUCACCAUUUCUAAAAUCAUUCAUUUUUUCUUGAUUUGUUCUCAAAAAUGUCUCAUCUUCUUCAAUCCACCUUCAUCCCCACCACACCCACCACCCUCAGCCGCCGUUCUGUGUUUCCGACGACCCAUUUACGGAGAACCCAUGUUGUAGAAUCGAAGAUCCGUGAGAUUUUCAUGCCGGCACUUAGUUCUACUAUGACUGAAGGCAAGAUUAUCAGUUGGAUGAAAACUGAAGGUGAUAAACUAGCUAAAGGUGAAUCAGUUGUUGUUGUUGAAUCGGAUAAAGCUGAUAUGGAUGUUGAAUCUUUUUAUGAUGGGUAUCUUGCUAGUAUUAUUGUACCUGAAGGUAGUUCUGCACCUGUUGGUUCUCCAAUUGCUCUUCUUGCUGAAUCUGAAGAUGAAAUUUCACUUGCCAAAUCGAAAACUCCGACACCCACUUCUACUUCUACUCCGGCUGCUGCUGAAGCUGUAACCGAAGAGGUUUCUACGGUAGCAGCUGCGGUUACGGUUACGUCAUCUUCUGAUGCUGGACCGGUGAAAAUGGCGUCGUCUAUUCACCCGGCGUCUGAAGGGGGGAAGAGAGUGGUGGCUUCACCGUAUGCUAAGAAAUUGGCUAAGGAAUUGGGGUUGGAUUUGAGGAGAGUGGUGGGGAGUGGGCCUAAUGGGAGGAUUGUGGCAAAGGAUGUUGAAGCAGCGGCUGGUUCUGCUCCUAUUGGUGUUGCUGCAGCGGCAAAGCCAAGUGGUGGUGCACCAGCGGCUCCAGCAGUAGAAUUGGGGACGACUGUGCCAUUUACGACAAUGCAGAAUGCGGUGAGUCGAAAUAUGGUGGAGAGUUUGGCAGUUCCAACUUUUAGAGUGGGGUAUACUAUUACUACUAAUGCCCUUGAUGCUCUCUACAAGAAGGUCAAGUCGAAAGGAGUGACAAUGACAGCAUUGUUGGCAAAAGCGACAGCACUUGCAUUGGUGAAACAUCCUGUUGUGAACUCUAGUUGUAGAGAUGGGAAGAGUUUCACAUAUAACAGUAGUAUUAACAUUGCUGUUGCAGUAGCCAUAGAUGGUGGCUUGAUUACUCCUGUACUUCAGGAUGCUGACAAGGUUGAUUUAUACUCAUUGUCAAGGAAAUGGAAGGAGUUGGUUGAUAAGGCCCGGGCUAAGCAACUUCAACCCCAUGAAUACACCACAGGUAUGCUAUUAUGUUUGAUGAGUGAACAGUCUUUGAUUUGA